AUGGUCAGCGGCCUCGGCCUCGCUGGUGCAAUCGGAGGUGCAGCCUUCCUCGGGCCUAGCGCGGCGCCAAGCAGCGCCCCAACCACUUCGCUCCGGCGGGGGAAUCAGUCCGCGCAGCCCAGCAGCGCGGCACCCACCGCAGCCGCCGGCUGCGUCGUGGCGGCCGGAGCCGUCCUUGCUAGCCAGGUGAGAAAAGCGCAGGCCUCUUCCUCCAAGUUCACCACAGCGCUCCGGGCCUUCGAGCAGGAGCUUGGCGUGCAGCCUCCAGUCGGAUACUGGGAUCCGCUUGGUCUCGCCCGUGACGGCGAUGUGGAGGCGUUCAUGCGCAGGCGUUCCGUGGAGCUGAAGCACGGUCGCAUCGCGAUGCUCGCGACCAUGGGCUACAUCACCCCUGAGAUCGCGGGAAAGUUCCCAGGCUUCCUCUCCCCGAGCAUGGGCCUGAAGUUCGCAGAUGUGCCCAACGGACUUGCAGCGAUCUCAAAGGUGCCCGCUGGGGGCUGGACCCAGAUCCUGCUCUACAUGGGAUGGUGCGAGGUCUCUCGUGGAGCAGGCUCCGACAUCGCUAGCGGCCGCCCCGGCGAUUUCGGUUGGUAUGUGCUCACGAGUGCCGAUCCGGAGGAGAAAAAGAAAAAGCUUAAUGCAGAGUUGGCGAACGGUCGCCUCGCGAUGAUGGCCAUCAUCGGCAUGUUCUAUCAGGACGGCCUCACAGGCUCCGCGUGGGGCGACUGGGCCAACUUCACGGAGUCACCACUGCGG